AGAAACUGGAAAACUGUUCGGGGAAACUCGGAAUUCAUCCGUUGGUUGGCGAACGUAAAAGCCAUUUUUCCGAGGGUUGGGUCGGUAAUAAAAUACAGUCCCGUUUCAUCUGCAGAACAGUCCUCGACUUUCAAGAAAAUAUGCUGUCCGGCCAGCCGUUGCUCGAAGGACUCCGCUCCGGAAGCACCAUCUCGAAUCUUCACCUUUCCUCGCUAUCAUCUGAAAGUGGGAGAUGUAAUGACUACAAUAAGGGCUGAAGAUGAUAUGGCAUUAGUGUCGAGUACGAUGGCUCGCGUAUUUGUCAAUAGGUGGCUGUUAAUGACAGGGUGCCCGUCCCUCGUCUCUCAAAUUUACUUCGUACUUUCCUUACUGUCUCAACUCGGGGAGGGGGAGGGGGGGGGUAUGUAUUCCUUAAGAAAUGUACUUGGAGAAGCUUCUAUAUCAGCGCUUUGUUUGAUUAUUCAAGCUCCAACAAGAAGAAAUACCAUGAUCGGUGUAAUAAAUUCCAUCUCGGAGUCUUCCACUGGAAUU